AACAUGAACAACCCAUAAGCUCCCUCCUUCUUCAUCCUGCCCCCUCCCGCCGCGAUCUUCGCGACCGCUUCUGUUGCUCGCUUUUGCGUUUUCUUUCUCUUGCUCUCCUUCUUAGGCAAUCGACGAGAGAUUUUCCCUCCCGCGGGACUUUAAUACCCACGAGCCUCGGUCGCAAACCCCCUUAUUCUGUCAGCCGCCUGGUGCAGGCAUUGUGCAAAGCCCCCUUCGAUCUCUCGCCGUCCGCUGCGGCAACUUAGGCGCAAGCACGGGCUACGUCCAAUUCGAUUCAUUUACCUUCAUUGUAUAUCUCUUUUACGACUGUUCAGCCGGCUCUGAAUCGACUAUUACAUCACCCAUUUGGAUAUAUGGCGCCGCCUGCACUCUCGCUUGUCUAAACACCAACUGAACAACGACACCGACCGGUUCGCAAACGGACAUAUACGGGCAGAACCUCGCAAUAAUAGAAGCAAGAGACAGGGGAAAGAGAGCUGACGGGGGAAACUGCAUACAACGGGACAUCCGUUCUGAGCGACAUUGUCCUUGAGGGACGGUCAUACCAGCUAUAUCCCGACUCGUCAGCACGCAGACGAUUAUAGCACUACCAGCACGAUGGACUACUACUCGAUGGGCUCAGAGAAGCCCUCGGAGCGUUCAAGAUGGACGCCACUGACACGCAUGCUGCUCUCGGGAGAGAUGACGCAGGAAAAGCAGAAGCAGCUGACAUCGAGGGAGAAAUUCGAUCGCUGGAUGAUCAACGAGGGUUACCGAAGAUUUUGCCCAAGUUUUGUCUUCGUCUUCAUGAUCCUCCACGGACUCGUCUUUGCGCUUGCCUGCGUCAACUUUGCCCUCAAGGACAAUCUGCAGGUUGCACGAGACAUAUUCGGUCCAACUUUUGUCAUCGCCCGUGCCGCGGCUCUCGUCCUACACGUCGAUGUUGCCCUCGUACUCUUUCCUGUCUGUCGCACAUUCAUCUCGCUCGCUCGCCAAACGCCUCUCAAUGGCAUUAUCCAGUUCGAUAAGAACAUCACCUUCCACAAGACGAUUGCCUGGUCCAUUGUCUUUUUCUCAUGGGUUCAUACGAUUGCUCACUGGGUCAACUUUGGCAUGAUCGCCGCCAAGAACAACCUUGGCGUCUAUGGCUGGCUGCUGGCCAACUUCGUCUCCGGUCCCGGUUGGACUGGUUACGUUAUGCUCAUCGCCCUCAUGGGCAUGGUUAUCACGUCAAUGGAGAAGCCCCGACGCGCCAACUACGAGAGGUUCUGGUACACCCACCACAUGUUUAUCGUUUUCUUCUUUUUCUGGUCAAUUCACGGCGCAUUCUGCAUGAUCCAGCCCGAUUUUGCGCCCUUCUGCAUCAGUAUCGGCCCGAGCGCGAUCGGCGUCUUCUGGCAGUACUGGAUGUACGGCGGUUUCUGCUACCUUGCUGAGCGCAUCGCCCGUGAGGUGCGUGGCAAGCAUAAGACAUACAUCUCCAAAGUCAUUCAGCACCCCAGCAAUGUCUGCGAGAUUCAGAUUAAGAAAGAAAACACCAAGACCCAGGCCGGCCAGUACAUCUUCUUCUGCUGCCCCGCCGUAUCGAUUUGGCAGUACCACCCCUUUACCCUAACGAGUGCGCCUGAGGAAGAUUACAUCUCUAUCCACAUGCGCGUAGUUGGUGAUUUCACUCGUGCUGUCUCUACCGUAUUGGGCUGCGAGUUCGACAAGAAGAAGGACGGUAGCAAGGUCGUCGGUGUCAAUGGCGAUGGAAGCGAUGUCGAUCCUGCUUUGCGCCGCGUGCUGCCUCGCGUUUACAUCGACGGACCCUUUGGAUCGGCUUCGGAGGAUGUUUUCAAGUACGAGAUUUCUGUUCUCUGCGGCGCAGGAAUCGGCGUCACGCCGUUUGCAUCCAUUCUCAAGUCCAUCUGGUAUCGCAUGAACUAUCCUCAGAAGAAGACGCGCCUCAGCAAAGUUUACUUCUUCUGGAUCUGCAGAGAUUUCGGCUCCUUUGAGUGGUUCCGCUCGCUGUUGCUCGCCAUUGAAGCGCAGGACGUUGACAACCGCAUCGAGAUCCAUACCUACCUGACCGCCAAGAUCAAGGCAGACGACGCAACAAACAUCAUGAUCAAUGAUGCCAACGCUGACAAAGACACCAUCACCGGUCUGAGGUCGCCAACGAACUUUGGACGGCCCAACUGGGACAUGAUCUUCCGUGGAAUCAGAAAGCUGCACUCGCCUGCCGAGGCUGGUGUGUUCUUCUGUGGUCCCAAGGGCCUCGGCAGUACACUGCAUAUCUUUUGUAACAAGUACAGCGAACCAGGCUUUUCGUUCAAAUGGGGCAAGGAGAACUUCUAGAGGGGGCAAGGCGUGGAGCAAUUUUAUUUCUCUAUUCUCAUGGUUUUCUUCAGGUUGCAUGUCUGAUUGUUUGCUGAUCAGUAUAUGGUCUGAGACUUGUUAGCCAUGGGAAUGAGCCUCUCGCUGUGGCUCUUAUUUUGUUAGACGCGGGCGAACUCUACCUAGCCUGGACGGGUACGCGAGGGUUGGAAGAGGAUUUUCUCAAAGAGAACUCGAUACAUGGUCGGUUGAUGUUAAUAGGAUUUAUCACGCCAUAUGGCGCAUCAUGAUUAGGAUAUACAAAUAUACAUUACUUCUUC